AUGCAUCCCCACAACCGGGGAAAUGAAACAGCACUCUACAUUGAAGCUCUUGCCAUGCAGAACCCUGACUUUCUAUUCAAUCUUAUACAUCUUGCUUUGGCCAAAUUGUUUUGCAUUAUCUGCGACAGGAAGUUUCAAAACAAACACGAAGUUGAGAAGCACAUCAAGCGUAGGCACGGGAGCGGAAUAAAGAGAUAUGUUGGAUCAACCGCAUUUCCUUGUACCAUCUGUAACAAGAUCUUUCAGAGCAAAGAGGCAGUUAGCAGCCACAAAAAGUUUCAGCAUCCCUCCGGUGAUCCCAUCUGGUACUGUAGCGUCUGCGACAAGUCCUUCAUAAACCACGACCAAAUUGAAGAUCACAACUGGGAUUUCCACUAUGGAUGUGUGCGCUACAAUAUUCGUCGUACCAGAGCCACCUUUACUUGCACCACCUGCAACAAGACGUUGAACGCCCAAAAGGAACUCGACAAUCAUGUCGAACAGGGACAUACAGCUCCACCAGUCGGGUGUAGUCUCUCCGAAGAGGGCGCCUGGUAUUGCAGCGCCUGUAACCUGAUGUUUUGUAGCCAAUGUGCAGUCAACCACCACAACGAGGAUACACAUUGGGGACGUAGAAUCUUCUGUUUACCUCGCGCCUGGGCUGCCUCCACUUGUGUCGCCUGUAACAGAAGAUUCAACAACCACGAUGGACUCGCUAAUCAUCUCGCCAAAACGCAACACAAGCUACCAGCGCUAUCCAAACUCGACGCACAACUCAUGCCUGCAGCUCCCAGCAAGGACGCCUUUUCUUACAUCAUGUCUCAUCGGAGCAUCAAUACCUAA